CACUGGUUCAAAGUUUCAAACUUCUAAUGAUGAACAUGUCUACUAAACUAAUUAAUAAACAAAUACUUCAUAACAUUGCAUGUUUUAGUAUAAAAGGCUUCCAAAUGUUGGUAGCAUUAUAUCAUUCAGCUUCCCUGCGCACCAAUCCACUACAAACAUGGGUCUUAACCGCCUCCUCUCGCUGUCCACACUCCUCUGUUUGUCAUGCUUGGCUGUAGCUUCUGCUAGCGAGUACCGCUCUGUCGAAGUUGCUCCAUCACCAGUAUACACACCAUCAAUUGAGUCUUACACUCCUUCACCAGAAUAUCAGAGUCCAUCUUACACUUCCACACCUGUAUAUAUCCCUACCCCUUCUCCUGAAUAUGAAACUCCAUCUGUUACUUCAACUCCAACCCCAUCAUACACUCCAACACCAGUUUAUACCCCAUCCUCAUCUCCGGAAUAUGAAACUCCGUCUUACACUCCAACCCCAAUUUAUACCCCAUCUCCUGAAUAUGAAAGUCCAGCUUACACUCCAACCCCAAUUUACACCCCAUCUCCUGAAUAUGAAAGUCCAUCUUAUACACCAACCCCGGCAUAUACCCCAUCUCCAGAAUAUGAAUCUCCAUCUUAUACUCCAACUUACACUCCAUCUCCUGAAUAUGAAACCCCGUCUUACACUCCAACCCCAACUUAUACCCCAUCUCCAGAAUAUGAGACUCCAACUCCAACUUACAACCCAUCUCCCAAAUAUGAAACUUCAUCUUACACUCCAACCCCAACUUAUACCCUAUCUCCAGAAUAUGAAUCUCCAUCUUAUACUCCAAUUUACACCCCAUCUCCUGAAUAUGAAACCCCGUCUUACACUCCAACCCCAGUUUAUACUCCAUCUCCAGAAUACGAGACUCUAACUCCAACUUACAACCCAGCUCCUGAAUAUGAAACUCCAGUUUACACUCCAACCCCAUCUUAUACCCCAUCUCCACAAUAUGAAUCCCCAUCUAAUACCCCAACUCCAACUUAUAACCCAUCUCCUAAAUAUAAAACCCCAUCUUACACUCCAACCCCUGCUUAUACCCCAUCUCCUGAAUACGAAUCCCCAUCUUAUACCCCAACUUACAGCCCAUCUCCUAAAUAUGAAACCCCAACUUAUACUCCGACCCCAACUUACACUCCAACCCCAGUUUAUACCCCAUCUCCUAAAUAUGAAACUCCAUCUUACACUCCAACCCCAACUUACAGCCCAUCUCCUAAAUAUGAAACUCCAUCUUACACUCCAACCCCAACUUACAGCCCAUCUCCUACAUAUGAAACCCCAUCUUACACUCCAACCCCAACUUACAGUCUAUCUCCUAAAUAUGAAACCCCAUCUUACAAUCCAACACCGACUUAUAGCCCAUCUCCUAAAUAUGAAACCCCGUCUUACACUCCAACCCCGACUUAUAAACCAUCUCCUAAAUAUGAAAUCCCAUCUUACACUCCAACCACAACUUACAGUCCUCCUAAAUAUGAAACUCCAACUUACAGCCCAUCUCCUAAAUAUGAAAGCCCAUCUUACAUAGCAACCCCAAUUUACAGCCCAUCUUCUAAAUAUGAAACCCCAACUUACAACCCAUCUCCUAAAUAUGAAACCCCAACUUACAGCCCAUCUCCAAAAUAUGAGACCCCUUCAUAUACUAAAGCGCCAACCCCAAUUUACAACCCAGUUAGCAAAACCUCCCCAAAUUAUGAAGCUCCAUCAUAUACCGCAACCCCAAUCUACAAACCAUCCCCAAAAUAUGAAGCUCCAUCAUACACCGUAACCCCAAUUUACGACGCAUCGCCUAUAUAUGAGACCCCAUCGUACACCACAACUCCUAUUUACAAUAUGUUGCCUAACUAUGAGUCUCCAUCAUAUACACCAGCCUCAGUUUAUAAACCAUCUCCUAAGUAUGAAACUCCAUCAUACACUCCAACAACUUACUCCCCAUCUCCUAAAUAUAAGACUCCAUCAUGCUAUCCAACCCCGGUCUAUACCCCAACAUAUGAUGAAACAAACUACUAUCAAGAAAAUUCCCUGCCUACUGCUUAUGGUGUGCAAGGUGUCAUCUAUUGUAAUUCAUGCUAUGACUUUACACCAAUCGAAGGUGCGGUCGCCAAAAUUUCCUGUGAAGCAAAGAGUACAGACCAAUACAAGGCAGCGAAGUUCUCAAUGCUAACCCCAAAAAGUGACAAGAAUGGUUACUUCCUAGCCACAUUUACUCCUGAACAACUUGGAGACAAUUUGAAGCCAACCGAUUGUAAAGUUUAUCUCGAAAGCUCUCCGUCAUACACUUGCAAUGUUGCAACCAACGUAAAUUUAGGAGUAACAGGGGCUCCUUUGACAUACUCACGUGAUUUUGGGGAGUACAAAAACACAUACAACUUAGUGUUGUAUUCUGUUCCAGCUUUUGUUUAUACAUCAAAGACAAAAUGUGAGAAGCCAUCUUACUACAAGACACCAGUUUACACUCCAAAAGCAAGCUAUAAAACUCCAACAUACACCCCAAAGCUAGAUUACGAGGUUACAACAUAUACCCCACCAGCCUACACCCCAAAAUCGAGUUACAAGGCUCCAACAUACACACCAUUAACCUACACCCCAAAACCAAGUUAUGAGGCUCCAACAUACACACCAUCAACCUACACUCCAAAAUCAAGUUACAAGGCUCCAACAUCAUACAGUCCAAGUUACAAAACUCCAUCAUACAGUCCACCUGCCUAUACUCCAAAGUCCACUUACAAGGCACCAAGUUAUGUUCCAAAGUCCGAGGAUAAUACCCCUGCCUACACCAAUUAUGGCUACUAAGAGAUAUUUGCUAUAAUUUGAUUCUCUCAAUUAUAUACAACUUCCCCAUUGGUUAUGCUAAAUCGAAGUGGGUUGUCCUUAAUAUAAUACUAAUUUUAAUUAUAAAGCCUAGCACAAGAUUUUCUAUGUUCUAUGAGAAUUAUGAAAGAGAAAAUUUGUUGAUUUACCCAAUGUCUUGUUUCUCUGGUAACUUCUCCAAAUGUCUAUCUUGUUUGUUAUUAUAUAGAUGGUGUCAUUUGAUCAAACUUUAAAAAAAGAGGAAAACACACCUCUCCUGAUGAACCAAUUCUUAUCCAUUAACAAUAUAGCAACAAUGACAUAUGUUCCAUAUUUUCUUGAAAGAUAAAACUGCUACAUUAUAUGGUUAAAGAAAACAUCAGAAGCAGCUAUUAUUUGUUUGG